AAUGUUUCCUGAUUUUUGCUUAUAUCCUUUGGCAUUUUACAUUUUUAUUUGUAUUCAUUCCUUUCUUCCUAUUCUGAGUCUGUAUCUCUAACCUAGGAAUCAGAAUUUGACCUAGUGUACACUUUGUUUAUCUUAAUCCGUCUUACGUACAUUUCUUUCUUUAUUUUUUCCACUAAGUCUUUUCGAGAUGACCAGCGUCGACAAGCCGCGAUCAGAAAGCCAGGUCUCGAGACCUGGUGACUUUGAAGCUGUCAGAAAGUCUAUCAUCGACCUCCUCCGCCAGCCUGACUACGAUGAUGGAAGCGCCGGCCCUGUGCUUGUGCGCCUAGCCUGGCACUCUUCUGGCACAUAUGACGUAGCGACAGAUACCGGAGGCUCAAAUGGCGCUGGCAUGCGCUACGAAGCCGAGGGUGGUGAUCCUGCCAACGCCGGUCUUCAAAAUGCUCGUCUCUUCCUAGAGCCUGUCAAGCGUCUUCACUCAUGGAUCACAUACUCGGACCUAUGGACACUUGCUGGUGUAACUGCUAUCCAAGCCAUGGGAGGCCCGGAUGUCGAUUGGUUACCGGGUCGAACCGACUUUGUAGACGAUAGCAAGCUUCCACCUCGCGGCCGUCUGCCUGAUGCGGCUCAAGGAGCAGACCAUAUCCGAACCAUCUUCUACCGAAUGGGAUUCAAUGAUCGUGAGAUCGUGGCCCUCAGUGGUGCACACAAUCUUGGGCGCUGCCAUACGGAAAACUCGGGCUUUGAGGGCAAAUGGGUCAAUAAUCCGAUACGAUUCUCGAAUCAAUAUUUUCGCCUGCUGUUGUCCGAAAAAUGGACUGAGAAGACAGUUCCUGAAUCUGGUGUUACCCAAUUCUCCUCUGUUGACCCUGACACAGACGAGGAGUUGAUGAUGCUCCCAACCGAUAUGGCUCUGACAACAGACCCUGAGUUCUCUAAGUAUGUGCGUCUUUAUGCUGAAGAUAAGGAAGUGUUCUUCAACGACUUCAAAGCAGCAUUCGCCAAGCUACUGGAGCUUGGAAUAGCAAGAGACGCAGAGGGGAACAUCACGAACAGUGAUAAUGAAAAGGGAGGGGUUUGGGCAAGUCGCCAAGACAAAUGGUUGCCCAGUUAUGCACGCCAGGGCAAAGCUCUGAUGCGUUGUAUUAAUACUUCUCAUACAUGGAUGUAUACUAAUCAGCUACGAAUGAGACCCAUGGAUCCUGCCAAGGAACUCGAUGCUUACGUCCCCACCAUGAACGACAUCCUCGAUUUCUUGCCCGUCCCCACUCUUGUGGUCUCACCAUCCUAUCGCAUACAAAGAGCCUCAGCCGGCUUGCUCGAGGCAUGGAGUCGUAGGCGCGAGGAACUCAUCGAUCAAGACCUCUUCACUGCUCUCUAUGACGGAUCGCCGACCGAAAGGUUCGAUCGUAUUCCCUUUGUCUACGCGAUUGAAACUGCACUUGAGGCUCGAGCUCUCCGUCUAUGCCAUGCGGCUUAUAUCGCGAAUGACAUUUCUUGGACUGCGCGUAUCGCGCCUGUACACAAAGACGAUGAGCUGCUAUGCCUGGUCAUAGAAUGGGAAAAGGCUGAGCUUCACACUACAACUGUCGAUGGUGAAAUAACACAGAGCUGGCUGCCUAUUGACGAUGCUUUCCGCAUCCUCGUCCAAGCUGUUAAAGAUUAUGCCAUCUUCCUGCUCGAUACUCGCGGAAACGUCAUGACCUGGAACACUGGAGCAGAGCUAAACAAGGGCUACAAGAAGGAAGAGAUCAUUGGCAAGCACUUCUCAACGUUCUAUGGCGAAGAAGAUAUCCAGUCUCGGAAGCCCGAAAGAGAACUCGAGAUCUGCUUGCGUGAAGGCAGGGUCGAAGAUGAGGGCUGGCGCUACCGUAAAGAUGGCAGCCGGUUCUGGGCUAACGUUGUUAUAACGGCCAUCUACAAGAACGACGUCCAUGUUGGCUUCGGUAAAGUUACCCGGAAUCUCACUGAACGGAAAGAGGCAGAACUGCGGCUGACUGCUGCUUACGAGGAGAGCACCAAGUUGAAGAAUGAUUUUCUGGCAAAUAUCAGUCACGAGAUCCGCACGCCUAUGCAUGGUGUACUAUCUGCCUGUUCUCUGCUACUGGAUAGUCGCCUGACUGAAGAGCAGCGGGAGACGGCUAAUAUGAUUCAAGAGUCCGGACAGCUCCUGUUACGCAUUAUCAACGAUAUCCUCGACUACUCGAAAAUUGCGGCAGGCACCUUUCCCAUCAAGAAUGAGAGGCUGGAUAUUGCGAAUGUGAUUACAUCGGUUGUGCGUCGAGUUCAGAUUACUGUGCAACCGGGAGUAUCUCUAAAGCUGAACUUAUCACCAAACUUGCCAAAAUGGGCGGAAGGGGACCCUUUGAGGUACCGCCAGAUCUUUGAGAAUAUCCUCAGCAAUGCCGUAAAGUUUACCGAGAAGGGAUACAUUUCGGUCAAUGUAUCGAUGCUUGGUGAAGACAAGACCAGUCACACGAUACAGACAGAGGUCUGGGACACCGGGCAUGGCGUGACAGAAGUCGACGCGCAAGAACUGUUUAAACCCUUCACGCAGCUUGACACCCCGUACCAAAAGCGGCGUCCGGGAACAGGUCUUGGACUAUCAAUUGCAAAAUCACUUGUUGAGCUGCUGGGAGGGAACAUUGGAUAUAAACCCAACCCGGAACGGCAGGGCAGUAUCUUUUGGUUCUCAUUCAAAUUAAAGAAGCUCAGCAGCCUUCGCCAGGCCGAAACCAUUACCGCUCCACCAAGAACCAGCAGUGAAUUACCCCAACAGCAGGUUCAAGAAGGCGGGGAUCUUGCGACGCAACUGGAACAGUUAUUAAAGAUCUCACCAACAAAGCGGAUCCUUGCGGCCGAGGACAACAUCAUCAACCAAAAGGUCCUAGUCGGAAUGCUGCAUGGCUUUGGAUUCAAAGAUAUAACCGUUGUUUCGGACGGCGCUCAGGCUGUUUCGUCACUAUCCGCGGCGAAUGCCUUUGACUUAAUACUCAUGGAUAUCAGUAUGCCGGUUAUGAAUGGCUACGAGGCAACACUUUGUAUACGUCAUAGUAGCAUUCGUAUACCUAUAAUUGCCAUGACUGCUUAUGCGCUUAAAGGCGACAUGGAGCUUUGCUUGGAGAAAGGGAUGGAUGAUUAUAUCCCCAAGCCAAUGGAUAGGCAAGUGCUGAUGAAGAAGCUGUUGAAGUGGCUUCAGAGUCCAGGCGACCUAAUGACAGAUCUCACCGCCAGGAAGAAUUAGGACCUAGUCAUAGCAUUUUGCUUUAUCACUAUACUCCAGCAUUAGAUACAUAACUUACAUACUUUAGAAAUUGGUAAUUAGGUAUUAUUUCUAUACUUGAAUUUCAGGGG